AUGACACCACACGUGGCACUGUUGGUCAUACUGUGCCUCGUCCAUUGCGACACCAAGACCGUCCUUCAGGAUAAGCUCGCUGGCGUAAGAACGGUGGACGUUCAAGCGGUGGAAGGGAUGGUGGCGCAGUUUCCUUGUGACCUCGGUACUGCCGCUAAUGACAAAGUCUAUAUGGUGUUUUGGUUUCGGGAUGAUGCUGGUAUACCACUUUACAGCUUCGACGUGAGGGGGAAGCAUCUCUCGGAAGCGAGGCACUGGUCAGCGCCAGAAGUAUUUGGGCCGCGUGCACACUUUUCCACGUCACCGCCGCCAGCCUCGCUGUUGGUGCGUGACGUCAAGCGUCGCGAUGAGGGCGUCUACCGCUGCCGAAUUGACUUCCGCAACACGCAGACUACUAGCUUCAGAUACAAUCUCACUGUAGUUGUUCCACCGGAGAAGCCAGUGGUGGUUGAUCGAUGGGGGCGUGUCAUCAAUACAACGACCCUUGGUCCUCAUGAGGAAGGAGACGACGUCCUUCUUACAUGUCGUGUACUUGGAGGUCGUCCAGAGCCAUCGGUGCGAUGGUUAGUCAAUGGUGUCCUUGUAGAUGAGGAGUAUGAACACAACACUGGCGACGUAAUAGAGAACCGGCUGCUAUGGCCGGCUAUUAGACGCGCCGACUACGCAGCCGUGUUCACGUGUCAAGCUGCCAACUCACAUUUGGUGCCCCCGAAAGAGCUUUCAUUAGUACUCGAUAUGUUCUUGAGACCUCUCACCGUGGAAAUCAGAAAGCCAUCGGAAAUUGGUGAAGGGGGCGUUUUGACUGCCGAGCGAAGAUACGAGGUUGCAUGUGAAUCAGCUGGCAGUCGACCGCCUGCGCUCAUCACUUGGCAUAAGGGAAAGAGGCAGCUGAAAAGGAUAACUGAGGAGCUACGAGAUAACUUAACUGUAAGCGUAAUGAGCUUCGUACCGACUCUAGACGACGACGGCAAGCCGCUCACCUGCAGGGCGGAAAACCCGAAUGUUACCUCAUUGUUCCUGGAAACGUCGUGGGUUAUCAGUGUCGUUUACCCACCAGUCGUGAGGCUGCGGCUCGGGAGCUCGUUAGCGGCCGGCGACAUCAAAGAGGGCGACGACGUGUACUUCGAGUGCCACGUUCGAGCUAACCCUGCCGUCAGAAAACUCUCAUGGCUGCAUGACGACAAGCCGUUGGCGCACAACGCGACGGCACGCGUCUUCCACAGUAACCAAAGUCUGGUGCUGCAGAAAGUGACACGUUACAGCAGCGGACGGUACGCUUGCUCCGCACUCAACGCGGAGGGAGAGACAGUCUCCAAUGAGCUGCAUUUUCGAGUCAAAUACGCGCCGUCGUGCCGGAGCGGCGGUGUGUCAGUGGUGGGGGCGGCGCGCGGCGAAUCCGUCGUGAUUGUAUGCGAGGUGGACGCAGACCCGCCGGCCGCCGUCUUCAAGUGGAAGUUCAACAACUCGGGCGAGACCCUCGACGUAGCCGCAGACAGAUACACUUCGAACGGCAGCGCAUCGAGCCUUAAGUACACGCCCGUCGCUGAUCUAGACUAUGGAACACUUUCGUGCUCAGCGUCAAAUGAAGUAGGAACGCAGCUCGCACCCUGCGUGUUUCAAAUGGUUGCAGCAGGUAAACCUCAUGCACCGCGCAAUUGUACGCUCUGGAAUCAAACAGCUGAUUCAGUGGAAGUGUCUUGCGUGCCAGGCUUCGACGGUGGCCUGCCACAAAGGUUCCUUCUCGAGGUUUACUCCGGCGAUGACGAUAUACCUAGGGUAAAUAUCACAUCAGACGAACCGUCGUGGACCGUGCGAGGAUUGGAGUGGGAUGUGCGGUUUAGGCUAUCCGCCGUAGCUGUAAACAGUAAAGGACGGUCACUUCCUGCGCACCUCGACGAUGUGCUUUUUCGGGACCCUGAAAAAAGAACAGCGUCGGAGAGCGCGCUGGGCGCGGGGGCAGCGGGAGCGGCGAGCGCGGGGGCGGCGGGGGCGGGCGCGGCGCUGGCGCUGCUGGCGUGCGCGUGCCGCGCCGCCCGCCGCCGCCGCGCUCCCCAUGCGAAGCCGCCCACCAAGCCACCCGCCCCGCGCGCCGAUAAACCGGAACACGACGAUGCUGAACCCGAUCUCAUACCCAACAACUACUGUGAAUCAUCGACCGUGCCAGCGCGCACUACGCCUACCUCAAUAUCCGCCCCACUUACUGUCCCAAUGACAGCACCGCUCGUCGUUCCACUAACAACACCUUUAGCUACUCCGGUGAGUACGUGGGCACCUCGUAGCGCAUCCGGCACGUUGCGAACAGCCGACCUCAACGUCGACUCUAUAAAGGAGAAGCUUCUAGAUAAUCGGAUCCCGGAGUCGUGCGUCUAG